CACUCCCGUGCCCCCGCAAAAACAUACAAGCCGUUGGUUAUGUUGGGGCAUUGGGCGUUGACGCUGGGGCUGCUGCUCGCAACGCUAUCGGCCACAGCUCUGGCCGUUAGCUGCUAUGAAUGCGAUUCCGUCAACGACUCGAAUUGUGGCGAUAAUUUCCAGCCAGAUGACAUUGCCAAAACAGACUGCGAUUCCAUGGAGCUGCCGGAACAUUUGCGUGCUUUCUAUUUACAAAGGCCCGAAACGGCGUGCCUAACCAAAUACUAUAGCGACGCACCUGGUGAAACGCUGUUUGUCCGUCGUUCCUGCAUAUUUGGUGAUUUAUCUGUAUGUGACGAGAACCCGGAUCCGGUGAUGCCGCAGCUCAGCUUCCUGGGCUGUGUGUUCUGCCAUAAGGAUUUUUGUAAUCUGAGCUGGCGUUGCGUACACGCCCACAAUUUAGUGAUGGCCGCCAUGCUGGGACUAAUAUACCUACUUAACCUAUAAUUGUGAAUCUCAAAACAAUUUCUGGAAAUUAUA